AUAUAGAGUAAAAGAGGAAGGGUUUGAAAAUUGAGGCAGGUGUGGUGUAGGGUGAUGCAUGCGUGGCGGCAAACAUGUAUCUCACACGUGUAAUACACGCGUCGUCUCUCCUGUCCUCGCCGCCAUCUACAUAUAGGAUGAAAUUGAGGAAGAAGAAAGGCAAAAUGCAGAAGGCAGAAGAAAAGCAGAAUGACGUUCCUCUCAUGUCACUCAACCAUGUUUCUAGGGUUUGUAGAGCGGUGAAGGAAUCGAUUGAAUUCUACAGCAAGGUACUAGGCUUCGUGCUGAUCAAGCGGCCGGAGUCCUUCGACUUCGACGGCGCGUGGCUCUUCAACUACGGCGUCGGCAUCCACUUGGUGCAGUCCAAGGACGAGGAGAAGCUGCCCACAGAUAAGCAGCGCUUGGACCCCAUGGAUAACCACAUCUCAUUUCAGUGCGAGGACAUGGAGGCUAUGGUGCGGAAGCUGGAGGAGAUGAACAUCAAGUACAUGAAGAGAAGUGUGGGGGAGGGAGAAGGCGCCGCCAUCGACCAGCUCUUCUUCAAAGAUCCCGAUGGAUUUAUGAUCGAGAUUUGCAACUGCGAGAAUAUGAAGCUCGUGCCGCAGCGCUCCAUUGGCCGGAUCAAACUUCCCUCCGAUAAACACAACCCGCCCAUCGACCUGCCCCUAAAACAAGACAUGUUUCUUGCUUAAUUUUUACUCCAUAUAAACAUAGAUUCGCCUUUGAUUUCUAU